UUUUAAAGCUCAGUAACUUUUCAUCAAUGAUUCACUCUCUCUGUUGAAGUCGACCUUCCUUCAUGACCUGAAACUAUUAAACUAAAAACUGACCUCAGAUCAGCUGCAGCUCAGCCAGCUGUCUGUCUGUUCAGAGUCUCCUGCGUCCUCAGAGCAGUCUGACCUCCUCUACCUGCACACAGGUCUGUCAGACUCUGAUGCUGGAUCAGUGGGAGUGGAAUGGAUAAUGGCCAUGGCCAACUGUAAUCUGCGGUCGCCAUCCUCCUCUCCUCAUGAUGACGUCAACCUGGGACCUUCAGCCAACCCACAUGCCAGGCCCACUGACUUUGACUUCUUGGCCGUCAUUGGCAAAGGGACCUUUGGAAAGGUGCUGCUCGCCAAGCUCAAAGCCGACAGCAAAUUCUACGCCGUCAAAGUGCUGCAGAAGAAAGUCAUACUCAAGAAGAAAGAGCAAAAGAACAUCAUGGCAGAGAGAAAUGUGCUGCUGAAGAGUCUGAAACAUCCCUUUCUGGUUCGGCUCCACUACUCCUUCCAGACCCCAGAGAAGCUCUACUUUGUCCUCGACUAUGUGAAUGGGGGAGAGUUGUUCUUCCACCUGCAGAGAGAGAGGUGUUUCUCAGAGCCCAGAGCGAGGUUCUACACAGCCGAGGUAGCGAGCGCCAUCGGCUAUCUUCACUCUCUCAACAUCGUUUACAGAGAUCUGAAGCCAGAGAAUAUUCUCUUAGACUCUCAGGGUCAUGUGGUGCUGACAGAUUUUGGGCUGUGUAAAGAAGGUGUAGAGCCGGAGGGAACCACCUCGACUUUCUGUGGGACUCCAGAAUACUUGGCGCCAGAAGUUCUCCGUAAGGAAGCAUAUGACAGGACAGUGGACUGGUGGUGUCUGGGAGCAGUGCUCUAUGAGAUGAUCUACAGCCUGCCUCCGUUCUACAGCCGUGACGUCGGUGAAAUGUAUGACGGGAUCCUUCACACGCCGCUGUCCCUGCCUCCAGGGAAGUCUGAUGCCGUCUCCUCUCUGCUGGUGGGUCUCCUGCAGAAGGACCAGCACAGACGCCUCGGGGCCAUCGCCGACUUUUUAGAAAUAAAGAACCACGUGUUUUUCUCCCCGAUCAACUGGGACGACCUUGACCACAAGAGAAUCACUCCUCCUUACAACCCGAAUGUGAGAGGCCCGGCCGACACGCAGCACAUUGAUCCAGAGUUCACCAGAGAAAUGGUUCCUAACUCUGUGAGUCGAACCCCGGAGUUCAACGCCAGCAGCAGCGCCAACAACGCCUUCAACGGGUUCUCCUUCGUCGCCACUGACGACAGCUUUCUGUGAGGCAGGAGUUAAAUGUUCAAAUGUUGAACUUUGUGAUUGAUUUAAAGGAGUGAUCACACCUCUUUUGAGUCCCAUGAAAAUAAGAGCUCCUCAUGUGUAGCAGAGAGGGAUCACACCUACAAUGGAGACAUUUAAGGUUAGAAUAUGUAAAGCUUUUUUUUUGCCUGGAAGUCCCAGGUCUGUUCUUAGAGAAAUAGCGAGGAUCAACAUGAACGUGUUAGCAAAUAUACAAGGCUUUCAAGAAGUAGGAACAUCUUUUAAAGGUGCUCUAUUCUUCGUGUUUUGUCGACAUACCCGGGCCGGCCGCACAUGCUGUUAGUGCAUGUCCUUGCAUCUAAGUGUGCCCCACUGACAAGCUCACAGCCGGCGCUCUGCACUGCUCUCGUAUGGCGGUUACAGCUGAUAACGCAGAAGCGUAGCAUCCCAUCCUCCGGUCUCCCCCCCCCAGGUUAACACUGUUAGCUCUGUCAGCAGUGUUGCUGUUGUUUUCAGUCGGGUCUAGAAGGUAACACACAAAUUGCGCAACUCUCGCGAGAUGGUUAUGGUUAGGAU